UGACAAGUGAAAUCAGGUGAGAGCUGUUUUGUUGAUGUACUGAAUUUACUGAGUCCGUGUAUUUACUUGAGUUUAGUUAGAUUAGAUGGCAGAAGAUGGCUGCUGAAAUAGUAUAUUGGAAUAAUUUGCCUAGUGUAUUGUUGUACGAAAUAUUUUCUUAUCUUACGGAAUCGGAUCGAAUCAGGGCAUCUUCGACCUGCAAGCACUGGAGAAAUGCGUUGUACCAUCCUAGUUUCUGGAAAAAUGUAUCAGUAAAUUUGAAUUCCAAUAAUUUGGACAACGCAUCCAAAGUUCAGUACCUGACCAGCUGUUUGGGUUCUAAACUGCAGAAUAUAACUGUUAAUUUUGAUAUUUUAGAUCCUUUUUGUACUCGUGAAAUGAAAAAUGUUCUAAGAGGUCUUAUUGGAAACUACAAUCUGAAAAGUGUUUCAUUAAUCCCAACUCACAGUUGUUUCGAUUACUCAAAGGAUUAUUCUGCAGCAGGCGUUGGACUAGAGAAUUUGAGGUGGUUUUUGAAUCCCAUCCUCAGUAUUUUGAAAAAGAGCCAUCGCUUGGAAGCAUUAAAUUUAGGAUGUAUAGAAGACCUCGUGUUAUGCGGCAAGACUAUUCUAGAGAGAAUCUCAAAUCACCACGCUAGUCAUUUUCGACGACUGGGACUAGCUUCCAUGAAGAGUGAUCCUGACCUUUAUGAUCUCUUUGUUCUGGAUCACAAGGUUUUCUACACACUGCAAAACCUGCAAGUAUUAAGCUUAGAUUUCGAUUAUGUAAAUGAUGAUCUGCUAUCAGUUUUGAGUGCCAACGGUAGUCUGCAGCGACUAGUGAUUCAUGUCCAUGGCAUCUUGGAUACACAUCCAGGAACUUCUGAAGAUGCGUGGGAUUCAUUCACGAAAAAGAAUCCAAUGUGCGAACUACGACUGAAUUUAAUUUAUUCCUACGAUGGAGUGAAUAUACUUGAUUCCAUUUUGAAAAGCAGUAUGCCUCUCACUCAUUUGAAAGUAUUCUUCUGCAGAAAGAUGAACCCGGCCGCUUUGCAAAAGUUGCAUGAAUUCAGUUCGACUCUACGAUCGCUCUGGUGGGUCGACAUAAUGGGCAAUUAUUCCCCGUUCGAUUUCACCGAUUUGGAAAGUUAUCCUCCCGAAAAUAUCCUGGUUGAACAACAACUCGUGAAUCCUUUAGUCAUAUGCGCUUGGCAGUGUCGUAACCUCGAAGAGUUGGUUUUGUUCGGGUAUAACAUCUUCAUUGAAGAUGUGCGUGGAAUUGUCAAAUUGAGAGAAUUGAAGGCUUUUGAGCUUUUAUCUUCACAUAUCUUGAGACCAGAUGGUGAAAAUUUACAAGAGUUUGAAAAGGAGAUCAGCAGCAUUCUUUCGAUACCAUGGCGAGCUCGGACUGACGACGAGGUUCACCCUGCACUACUGGGCGAAGAGGGUAGUUGUCCAGACGAGUUUGUGCUGCCGAUCGUUCUACUAGACUUGAAGUAGUGACCAAAACCGAAAAAAAUGACGACCGACAAACCAGACGACAGAUAAACCUGACGAACGACAAACCUGACGACUGUACUAUUCCAGGCACUAAUCUGCAUUACGCUUGCGCCAUACUGAUGUACAUGGUGAGUUGAAGGGAUGAAAGCAUGAAGGGAUUUUAAAUUUACUCGCAAAACCUGACAUUCUGUUGCCAUCUCAGCUUGCAGUGAAGGGAUGAGAUUUCUUCUGGAGAAACUUUCAACUUGGCUGUGAACCAUUACAUGAAUAUGAUGUAAUAUGUUGAAUGUAAUAUUUUUAAAAAAAUAAGUUGGCACAGUUGGGAUAGUUACCAGUUGAUAUUUAUUUUAGACUCAUAUUUAUUUUAAGCCAAUAACGACUCCGUAUGGAGGAUGUUAGUCAAUAAGGGUGUGACGACCAGUGAAAUUACACUGUGAUAAAAAACUUUAAUAUUGAUCGAUGAAACAUUUUUUGUCUAAAGGUGGAUUUUCGUUUGUGCGUAAACUUCCGCAGUCGACGGCGACAAGCAUUGUUGACAUUCAUAUUGUCCAAAUUUCAAGUGUGCUAAAACAGCUGAUCAAAUAGCUU